CUCGCACAGAGCUACUCAAGACCCUCCUACCGGCUGGGCUAGGGGAAGGAGGAGGCUGCCGCUCUGCUCGCAGCCUCGGACGAGCCCCCUCUACCACCCUGUCAGUGUAGAGGAAAAGGAGAGAGAGAGAGAGAGAGAGAGAGAGAGCGAGAGAGGGGCUGAGUGACAGAGAAAGCACACACACACACAAGAGAGAGAGGGAGAGAGAGCAACUGUGUGACAGAGGGAAAGAGAAUGAGGCAAGCUGCUUAGAGGAGUGAGAGAACCGAGGAAGAAAUAAGCAACACAUUUUACAACAGCAGGAAGAGGGAGGAUCGCAGAAGAGGGACUCCUUCUUCACUGGGCACCUGGGACACAGUCACUGUGGGCUUUUGUCACUCGUCUUAUAACUGGAACCCAGUGGAUUGUCUAUUGGAUUUUUUUUUUUAAAUAUUUGUGCGUGUGCCACAUCCUUUAAAAACUAGGAUUAUUCCUGCAGGCUUGACUGACCGCGUCUCCUCGGACUGAGAUCGCUUCCUGCUCUCGUGUUGUGAUUCUGCUCCGUACACAAAGUGCAUCUGUCGGCAACCGGUGCUGAGGAUAUCUCCCCCUCUGUCAAACAGGACAGCACGCAGCCCCCGUCGGAUCAGACCACAGAGGAGAGAGAGAGAGAGAGAGCGUGUGUGUGUGUUUGUGUGUGUGUGUGUGUGUAAGAGAGGGAAAAAGAGAGCGAGAGAGAAAGAGAGGUGCAGUGAGAUAGAGUCAGAUUUACAGUGUGCUUGAGAGAGAAGCAGAUGAAAGCCCAGGCAAAAGACUGGAGUGAAACAGCUUAAAUAGAGAAGUGAAUCUAGUCCUCUCCCGUUUUUCCUUGCCAUCCCUUUCCUCCUCUCCUCCUCCUCCUCCUCCUCCUCCUCUCCUAUUCUCCAACAUUUGCAGGACUGCCGGAGCCACUGCCACCUGCGCCGCUUCACGUCUCUUCCCUCUUCGUUCCUCUACCUCACCCUCAUCACACGUUACGAUCCAACACCAGCUGCUGCCGGGGACUCUGCUCUUGGUUUUUUUUUGCACUUGUGGGAAAUAUUUCAAUUUGAUCCAGCAGUGAGAGAGACUGAGUGAGCAUCCGGCGAACACUAAAGCUCUGGACUGUUCUUCAGGAGCUUCUACAGCAGAGGAGAACCUUCUUCCAGCUGCUGUUGCCCUCACGCAGACCCUGCCUUCUCCCUGGAGGACUGGCCAAAGACACAGUGGUGCGGACAGUGAAGACAAGACUUGCACAACCUUCUCCCUCUAUCCCGUUGGUAGCUACUUGGCAGCUCCCACCCCCCCCCCCCCCCGUGUCACCAUUCCCUGCCUCAGUGCUAAGGAUUCCAGCUACAUGGGCAAGCGAUUGGAGCAGCAGCCAAUGUACCCUCAGUACACCUACUACUACCCCCACUAUCUCCAGACCAAGCCCUAUGCUCCACCCCCUCAUCCAAUGGCUCCUCCCAGCCCCAGCACCAACAGCUGCAGCCAGGGAGGGGCGGAGCAGCUGAGUAAGACCAACCUUUAUAUCAGAGGCCUACCACCUGGCACCACCGACCAGGACCUCAUCAAACUCUGCCAACCAUAUGGAAAAAUAGUGUCAACCAAGGCCAUUCUGGACAAGAACACCAACCAGUGCAAAGGGUAUGGCUUUGUGGAUUUUGACAGCCCAGCUGCAGCACAGAAGGCCGUGUCAUCUCUCAAAGCCACCGGGGUGCAGGCCCAAAUGGCCAAGGCCCUGCAGCAACAAGAGCAAGACCCCACCAACCUGUACAUCUCCAACCUGCCGGUUUCUAUGGACGAGCAGGAGCUGGAGAACAUGCUGAAACCUCUGGGUCACGUCAUCUCCACGAGGAUACUGAGGGAUGCCAACGGGGUCAGCAGAGGAGUCGGUUUCGCCAGGAUGGAGUCCACAGAGAAAUGUGAAGUAGUGAUACAGCAUUUCAACGGAAAAUACCUGAAAACCCCGCCCGGCAUCCCAGCUCCCACAGAGCCUUUGCUGUGCAAAUUUGCCGACGGAGGGCAGAAGAAACGCCAGAGCCAGAGCAAGUACCCUCAGAACGGGAGGCCGUGGCACAGAGAAGGCGAGACCGGCAUGGCGUUAACAUAUGAUCCCACUGCAAUGCAGAAUGGGUUCUACUCCUCGCCUUACAGCAUCGCCACCAACCGCAUGAUCGCACAGACCUCCAUCACGCCCUUCAUCGCUGCUUCCCCCGUUUCCACAUAUCAGGUCCAGAGUACGUCAUGGAUGCCUCAUCAACAAUAUGUUAUGCAACCAGGGGCAGUGAUCACGCCAGCCAUGGACCACACUAUGUCCAUGCAGCCUGCCAGUAUGAUGGGCCCUCUCACCCAGCAGAUGAACCAUCUGUCCAUGGGCACCACAGGAAGUUACAUGACUGCUGCAGCCGCCGCGGCGCCUAUGCAAGGGACCUACAUUCCCCAGUACACUCCUGUGCCUCCAACAGCCGUCCCUGUCGAAGGAGUGGUGACGGACGCCUCCCCCCAGACGGUGGCUCCCUCAUCACAGGAUGUGAGUGGCCAGCAGCAACAGAUCCAGGUGGACGGCGCUGCCGACCACGUUCCUGCUUACUCAUACCAGUCCAAAUAGCAACGGCCUGAGCGAAUGUUCCUGUGACAGCGUUGCCUUGAGACAGAAGGUGGCUGCACUGUGAAUGUGAGGAAAAGAGAAUAGAAUGAGAUUGCUUCCAGAUUGCCCAGGCACCAAAAAAAAAAAAGAGACAAUUUUUUCAUUUCCUACCUGGCCUACGAGAAAAAAAGAAAACGAAAAACACACACACACACACAUACACAGGAGAAGGAGGCAAAGAAUGCUGAGCAAGGAGAUGGGAGAGAAGAAGCAGGGCACAGUGCAAAGGAGUGAAAUAGUUUAGUCUGGGAACCUGCCUGAAGGGCUGGGCUGAAGCUUGAAAAGUUUCUCAAAGAAAAUUCUCUACUACCAAUUUAAAAAAAAAAAAAAGAAAAAAAAUAUAUGUAUAAAAAAAUUUAAAAAGUUGAGAAAAAAAAGACAAAAAAAAAAAAAGGUUGAAUGCGCCGGUAGGUGAUGAAGUUUAUUUUGUAAUUGGAAAAAAAAAAAAAGAGCGGGGGGAGUCAUGUUUGAGAUACACACAGAGAUUGUCUUCCUCAGAUAUUAAGCUACACUUUCUUUUCACUCUUUUUUAUGUUCUAGUGUUAAAUUUUACUUUUCUAGAUAUAUUUGGAAACAGUGUUUUUUGUUUUUUGUUUUUUUUUCUUUCUUGAAAUCUUCAUGGCCUUAAUUUGAAGGGCGCCAGAAACUUUUUACAGAGUUCAACUCUGACGUCUGGUUGU